UCAAACUAUCUAUGGGUUGUGUGAGAAUUUCAGUGAGCUUUUAUACUCUAUAUUUCUUGACUGUAAAAAAAAAAAAAUCAAUAGCAUUUUAACAGGGACUUUAUUAGCAUUAUGAAAAUGGGGUCAAUGAUACAUUUUUAUAUUUUAUAUUCUUAAAUGAUUAUGAUAUUUCUCCGAAUGUUCGACCUAUAUAUUAUUUGUUUAUGUAUCAUCUCGAUCGAAUGAUUAUCGAUAAGAUUAAACGGGUUAAUAGACUUAAAAGUAACAUAAAAAUACAAAUAAUCAAAUAUGAGCAUUCCGGCCAAAGAGCCGGGUUAUAAGCUAGUAAUAUGUAUUGUGACGUGUGUUAUUUGUGUGGUAAUUGACCGAAAUAACAGGUUUGACAAAUACUAAAUUAGAAUGACCCAUGUGAUGAUGGAGUGCUGAGUUCAGUGAGUUGGCACUUGGCAAGGUACGUGUUCCUCAUAUGUCUUUUGGAAACAGGUAUGGUGAUGGAGAUGGUUUAUUUAGAAGCCACCUAUUCCGCCGACCGACGAUCAUAGCAUAUGCGCCAGCGGUGAACCAGUACAUGUACCAGAAAGACGACGAAUUUAUCAUCGGUUGGCCCAGCGUGGAAUUUAUUGGCCCAACUUCCCUCGGGGCAGUUCAUGGGCCACAUUACACCAGGCUACGAAGUUUUGUCACCAAUGCUAUCAACCGGCCCCAUGCUCUUCGAUGAAUCGCAUCCCUCGUCCAGCCCAAUAUAGUUGCGGUCUUGCAAUCCUGGGCCCGGACUGGCAGAGUCAAUGCUUACAAACAAGUCAUGAAGGUAACAUAAAUCCCUUUUCUUCCAAAAAUAACAAUGUUUAAUUUUUUUAAUAAAAAUAGCACCCAUACUCGAAAAGUCGAGAAUCCCUGGGUGGAGGCGCGGUUUUAAACAAAACCGCUUGGGUCUAGAACGGUUUUGUAGACCGCUUCGGUCCAGGGUGGUUUGGUCCGAAACCGCUGUCCGACCCAACGGUUUGGUCCAUAUAAAUUUUUUUGAAAAAUCAAAUUUGGAUGGAAAUUUCAAACGAACGUAUCUUUGUUAGCGAAUUUUUUUUUAUUCCGCAUAACUUUUCGAGAUCUUGCAAGACGCAAACUUCAUUAUUUGAAAGUUGGCUAGGUGUGGGUCAUCAUUUUUGUCACCCAUUAAAUUUGGGUGAGUAGUGGAUGAGUCAUUAGCCGCAAAAUCACAUAAUAUAUUAAGUCGUUAAUGCACUUUCAAUAAUAAAUCACAAAUUUUCUUAUUUCAAAAUUUUAAUUGUGAUUGAUUCAAUUAAAUUACAAUUAUCUUUUAUAAAUUUUACUUGAUUUA